AUGGAAGGGACAGCAUCAACACCAACAAUCUCUGCUAUAACAGCAACGUCUGCAUUUCAACAAACAGACAAACCAAAAUCAUUGAAAGUAAAUCAAAGUCAGACAUUUGGCACAGCAGAACAAAACAUGAAACUUCUUGAAUCAAUUGAAAGUGUUUAUUUAUUUAAUGACAUGAAUGAACUAAACAGCAGCACCGACAAGUAG